CAACUUGGAGUACACAAACAUGACACAGACACGGAUUCUAUCUCAAGUCUCUAGAAAGUUCCAUAAAAGAGGACAGACAAAGAAAGAGCCAUGCACAGUCAAAGAAGGGAGAGACUAUUUCCAUGGGCAGAAGAGCAUUCCUAGGCAGAAGGAACAGCAGAACCAAAAACCGAAGAUGAACAAGUAAGGCAAAGUUCCCUGCUGAUUUCAAGAGCAAGAAAAAUACUCUGAAUCUGGAUGCUGUGGCAGUCUAAUAAAUCUAAAGACCAUGAAAUAUUAGAAAUCCUCAAGAAGGAACAACGAUUUGGUAAGACGUACAUACACAAGCACAGGCAUGAUGGUCCAAGUGGGCUUCCCAAUCAGCAGAUUUCAACAUUUUUUAGGGCCCUUGACCCCUUGAAGAAACUCAUGAAAGCUAUAGUUUCUCCUCAAAAAAAGCACACAUGCCUCAAAUUUUAUACACAAUUUCGGCUUACUUCCAAAGCCUGUCCACGAGCCCCAAGAACCUUUGCCUGAGCUUUUCUGAGUGAGCUGCUGAGAAUACUAAAUAUAAGUAAGGUCGUUUCGUGCGAAAAAUUUAAAUACAUAAAAUUUUCCGUUGACAUCCUAGUAGCUCUUUCACAGGCGUGGCAAGUCUCCUUUAGCCAGCGUUCUACUGUUAUUUGAAAGGCAAAAACACAGGAGAAGAAAAAAAAUAGUUGUAAGCAAACACACUGCACUCCUCUGGCUGCUGGAUUUCCUAUCGGCAGAAAAUCGAACUAUGCAAGCAAAACAAAACGUUUUCCUGCCUGCUCGUACGUCACUUCUCCCUAUCUUGACGCCACAGCCGCGUUCCUGCCGCUUCUCUUCUCCUUCCCCUCCCCAGUUAGGAAAAAGCAGUUCUAAAAUCAGGUCCAGCAAUCUCCGAAAAGGAUUGUGGGUACUGUAGUCUUCUGCACAAGAAAACCAGCGGGUGGUUCGGGUGACUUACGGAAACUGCAGAUAAAGCCGUUGCUUAAUACACAGAAGAAGGUCAGUGUUUCUUGACCCCUAAGCAAGGAAACAAAAUAAUAAUAAUGUUGACCCAUACAGCGUCGGAAAAACAGUCCUCGUACUACAAGUCCCAGAGUUCUUUGCGCCCAGCAGCAACGUAGCCAUCCCGCCUGUGCCCGCGCAACCGGUUGCUUGCGUCCGGGAGACUGUAGUCCCCGCCAGCGCAGCCGAGUCCACGGCGCAAGGACUGACGGCCACCACGGUGGAAGAGCCGGGAAAGGAUGUGGGUGUUUGGUUACGGUUCCCUGAUAUGGAAGGUGGACUUCGCCUAUCAGGACAAACUGGUCGGGUACAUCACAGGCUACAGCAGACGCUUCUGGCAGGGCAGCACGGACCACCGCGGGGUCCCCGGCAAGCCUGGAAGAGUUGUGACGCUUGUUGAAGAUCCUGGGGGUUGUGUAUGGGGUGUUGCUUACAAACUGCCAAUAGGAAGGGAAGAAGAAGUAAAAGCAUAUCUUGACUUCAGAGAGAAAGGAGGCUACCGGACUGAAACAGUCAUUUUUUAUCCAAAAGACUCCACAACAAGACCAUUCAGUGUGUUGUUAUACAUUGGAACAUGUGAUAAUCCUAACUAUCUUGGUCCUGCACCUCUGGAAGACAUUGCUGAACAAAUUUUUAAUGCAGCUGGCCCAAGUGGAAGAAAUACGGAAUAUCUUUUCGAACUUGCAAAUUCUGUCAGGAACCUUGUGCCAGAAGAUGCAGAUGAGCAUCUUUUCUCUUUGGAAAAAUUAGUAAAGGAACGUUUAGAAGGAGAAGAGAACCUCAAUUGUAUAGAAAGACCUAAGCAUUGACUUAUCCAAACAAGCAGAGCUUUUAGUCUACAGAGAACACCUUCAUUGCACAAUGGCAAUGUGAUUUGAAAAUGUGUUUACUUGAAGGUCUUAUUUAUCUUUCUGUUGUAUUCAGGAUAUCAUCUAAAUUUAUACUUUGAUUGCAGGUAUCGUAAAACACAUAGUCAAAAGACAGAUAUAGCUGAAGAAAACCAUUCAAGUUUUAAUAACACACAUGAUCUCCUAACUAUACGAUAUGGAACUGUUGCUCAUUGGAAGUGGGUUCUUUAAAAAAAUACAAUGAAGGAUUCAGAUUGGUUCUUGUUUUUAUCAGAGUAAAAAUGAUUCUGUUGCUUCAUAUCACAAUACUGUUUUGAAGUUAUAGAGAAUUAAACCAAAAGUCAGGUAAACAUAAUAAGGUUAUGCCUUCAGUAUACUCCCAUACAAUAUUUCUGUAACCAUGGCUUAAAAUAUAAAAACUUAAAAUAAUAUGUGAUUAGAAAUGUAUGGUAAUACAGACAAGACUUCAGCCUUGAACGUGAAUGUCCUUGUUAUUCAGGUAUUAAAUGGCAUUUUCAAAUUUAAGCCAAAAAAAUUUGGCAUUUUUAGUAUAAAAAUGUCCUUAGUAUUGUAAUGUACAUACCUCUUCUUUUUAAAUAAAUGCAUUUUAAUUACUACAUGGAAAAAACUCAUUAAGUCUAAAAGAACACAAAUUACAUUAUAUAAAUCACAUCCACUAACAAUGUAGUCUGUCAUUCACAUUGUAUUAAUCUUAUACAGAAACUGGAAAAAAAGAUGGGUUUUUCUGAUAUUACAAAUUAACAGCAGAUUUUGGAAUUGUAAUUUUUUUAAAGAAAGAAAUGGCAUUACCUGAUUAUAUGCUACAUAGGAUCUUUUUUUUUCGCUUGUAUCUGGUCACUUAAAAGUAUCAACAGAAAAGUGUUUAUGCUGCUAUUCAAGUAGGAAACAAGCACAUGAAUUAACCAACGUGGAAUUAGCCUUGAUUCACACUAAUCAGAUUAUUCUUGAUUAUAGGUGACACCUUUCUCAACAGGACAUAUAAUCGCUCUAGAAUCUUUCAACAUGCAGAGAAUUUCAGUAUCACAUUAAAUUUAGUACAAAAUUUACUAAGAACUCCUCAAAGCCAGGCAUGACUAACGAUUAGUACAGAAGUUUUUCACAUAAAUAAAAGCUGUCCUAGAUAAUAAGAACGGGAGUCCUUUCAUGUUUUUCUAUUUAUUAACACCUUACUUGGUAAAUUAGUCAGCUACCUAUUUUAUAUAAUGGUUUUCCAGAAGGCAUUUUACUUGUCCUGUACAACAGAAGGAGCCCUGG